AUGGUGGUUCCUCCUCCGAAGGCAUGCAUUUCUGGUGCUCUGCCAUGGGGUAUGCAAAAUGUCUCUUCGUGGAAAGCAGUGGGUUGUUUGAAGGGGUUUUAUUGUAAGCAACAAUCUGUAUGAAAAUGAGUAUGUCUAACAACGCCCAGGUCCCAAUAAUAACGAGACUAUGUUACCGGCAUAUUGUCAACCUGAGCCAGCUUGUUUGAUAGCUCGAUUACAUGGCGGAUCCUGCGUAGCUCAAGGUGUUCUCGAACCGGUUCUAUGUGAGUCAGGGUUUUACUGCCCGGAGAAUGGUCGAAAAAAGAUUCCAUGCCCUGAGGGAAGUUAUUGUCGAAAAGGAUCCGUCGAACCGAUAAAAUGCAGUGGUAAAUAUCUUCGCGCCUUUUGUUAGCAAAGUUCACUAAUAUGUUCAUCAGCCGUCUCAAAUUGUCCGAAGGGAUCAGAACGUGAUAUGUCAUUGAUACCGUUAGGAAUUGUCAUUGUGAUCGACGCGCUGUUGAUAACCAUGGUCAUCGUGCUUAAAGUUCGUGGGUUCUUCGUCAUCAGAAGAAUAAAUAGAAAAGAUCAUCGAGUACACCAUCCACUCAAGAGGUCUCCAACAUUUUACAAGACUAUCGGCGGAUCUAUUAGUGGAAAGUUUCAUGGAAAGAAUGAAGGAAAGCAAUACGAAGAAUUGGACGAUGAGGUUGACACCGAUGUCAUAUACGGUUCAGUAGGCCCAGAUGCUAUGCCCCUGUCCCCUUCACUUGAUGGAUACGAUCGGCAAUUGAGAAGACACCCAAUUGGAUUUGAGGCUAUGGCUUUGAAGGAGGAUAUGUUUUCAGUCGCUGCACCUAUGGAUGACGACAAUAAUGCCGCGGAUAGAACUGAUUUGCAGCGUUUUGUUCAAUCUUUGUCAAAGAUCAUGGGUGCUUCGACUUUUGGAUUGAGUUUCGAGUUUCAGGAUUUGCGAUUCCAUCCGAAGAAAAGUCCACGGCCUAUUCUUCAGGACGUGUCGGGUUUUAUUCAUGCUGGGUCUCUUUGGGGUGUGAUGGGUGCUUCUGGGGCGGGAAAAUGUAAGUUUUGCAUCUGAAUUGCAACACUUUUGUCAACUAACAUGGGUAGCGACGUUUGUGAAUGUGCUCAUGGGAAAACAAUCUGGUAUCACUGGGAUCACCAAAGUAAAUGGUAUUGCUGGUGAUAUCAAGAAGUAAGUGACUUUGAUCAAUGCACAAAACUUCAUAUGUUAACUGUGUCACAGGUACAAGAAGAUCAUCGGAUACGUUCCCCAAGAUGAUAUUGUUCUUCCAGAGUUGACUGUUCGCGAAAACAUUCUACACUCGGCGAGAGUUCGACUCCCUGUAAGCUGGAAAGAUGACGAGAUUCAACAUCACGUCGAUGUUUUAUUGAAUUGUCUACAACUCGAUCAUGUCAAAAACUCGCUUGUGGGAAGCCCGGGAGCACCAGUUAUUUCGGGAGGCCAAAGGAAACGAGUAUCUAUCGGAAUGGAACUCGCAGCAGCACCUAUGGCCCUCUUUCUGGACGAACCGACCUCUGGACUUGACGCAACAGCUGCAGCAUCCAUCAUGGCCACUUUGAAAGCUCUCUCCAGACUUGGAAUGACUGUGAUAACUGUCAUUCAUCAACCUCGACCAGAAAUCUUCGAAUCUCUUGACAGUCUCGUACUUUUGGGAGCUGGAAGAAUGAUUUACCAAGGGCCAGAAGAAGGUGUUCAAUCUUAUUUUCAAAACCUAGGUUAUAACUUCCCAGCCCAUAGCAAUACAGCAGACGUUAUGGGUGAUAUUAUUGCGGGAGAAGGGAGACUCUAUAAACCCAUUGGAGAUGCUACCGUGAAAGGACUCAUCGAUUAUUGGGCUAUGGCACAUCCAUCUGCCGCAUCUAUAAACCCGGAUCGACGCCCUCCCAUUUCAAUUGCUGAGACCGCCGUUUUGAGCAAUACUAUCAAAGAACGGGGUGCUCAGUGGUAUCGACAGCUCUACUUCUGCUUUAACCGAUCCCUCUUGCAACAAUAUCGCAUGAAAUCUUCCUUCUUUUUUGAACUUGGGGUAGGCGCCAUGUCAGGAUUUCUAAUUGGUCUUGCACAACUCAACUCCAAAGGAGAUAAUUUUACAGGGAUAUUCAUCGAACCUUACCAGCUCAUAUCUUCAGCAACAAUCUACUCGAAAAUCCCACAGAUGUCCCUCCUCGUUGGUCUCGCCAUCGGCCUCACAGCUUCGGCACCAGGAGUAAAGAUCUUCGGCGAGGAGAAAUUAGUUUUCUGGCGAGAAGCGGCUGCGGGGCAUAACAGAUUCUCGUAUUAUAUGGGCAAGGUAUUUAGUACCAUCCCAAGAAUGGUGCUAGCGAAUUUGCAUUUCACAACAUUGUUCAUGCUCCUCUCAACACCCCAAAUAUCUUACAUGCACUCCUUCGCCGCCAACCUCCUCUAUUUCUACUGCAUCUACGGGCUCGCAUCCUGCGUCUCCAUGGUCACUCGUCGCGAAGAUGGUCCACUUCUAGCAGUAAUGCUCUCCCUCAUCGUAGGGGUUCUUAAUGGGAUGUCUCCAACACUGGAUAAAGUCCGGACGUGGCAUAUGGAAUGGUUAUGGAGAUCCAGCCCUGGAACUUGGCUGGCAGAAGCGUAUUUCACGGAGAAUCUGAUGCCGUUGAAAUAUUUGUAUGAUAUUGAAGUUGCGAGGAAGUCGAUGGGGUAUUGGUUGGAUGGAUACGCGAGGGAUUGUGGGAUGCUUUUGUUUCUUGGGACGGCGUAUAGGGUGAUUGCUUUUGUGGGUUUGAGGUUUAUGUAUCCUACUAAACAGAGGUAG